AUGGACGAUAUGUUAAGAGCGUUAAAGUGCGAAGUUGAGCUGCGAGAAGAGCAUCGAGUUCAGAGAGAGCAACGAGAACGGCAUGGUGAUCCUGAGAAGUCGUCAAAUGGAGCCAGGCGGAACGAUACGAAAACAGCAAGCGCCCUCCUGACAAAAUCGGGACCGGUUCGUUGCGCAUUCUGCCUGGGAUGUCAUCGGCAUGAAGAAUGUGAGAAGAUCAAGUCAAUUGAGGAACGUAAGAAUAUUAUUAAGAAAUACGGUCGUUGUUAUAUUUGUUUGGAAAAGGGCCACAAGGCUCGUGACUGUGACAACAAUAUUAAAUGUAGUAUAUGUAAGAAGAAUCACCACAAGGCUCUGUGUGAUUCGGGAAAGGAAAGUAAGCCCCAGGGAACUGUUGGACAAAGGGAGGUUGAGAAUGUAGAUGCCAAUAGUAGUAAUACUCUAUUUGUAAGUCCUAAGAAUAGUUGUGAAAAAGCAGGAUGCAAUGUUGCUUUGCAAACUGCACAAGCAAAACUGGUUGGUAGUAAGUCGGGACGAGUAAGGGUUUUGUUGGAUUCUGGGAGUCAGAGAUCAUUUGUUACUGAAAGGACGGCUAAAGCGUUGGGAUGUAAAGUCGUUCGUGAAGAAAAUCUGAGAAUAGGAACGUUUGGGAAAAGGGCUUUAGAGAACGAGUUGAGAAGGGUUGUGCGAUUGGAUUUGAGUUCGUUGUCGGGUGGUGAAGUCGUAUCUAUCGAGGCAUAUGUUGUACCAGAAAUAUCAGUAAUUAGUAAUCAACAUUUGGAGGUGGUUCGAAAUAACUUUGAACAUUUGAAGGGGGUUGUGGUUGUCUGA